AAAAUACUCCAUGUGGCAGAAGGUUUUUGAUUCAAGCUGAGAGAUGUCUGGGUCCGCAUUUAAUGCAGAGUUAUUAAAACUCAGGGAAUUAGAGCGUGUAACAGGGGAACUGAAUGCUCAAAUUCAAAGCACAAGGAAAGUAGAUAACGCUCUUUUAGAGAAUUUAAGUGACGACGAGCUGACCAAAUUACAAAUCGAAAACACGAAACUGAAACACCGGCUAGCAAUACUAAAGCAGUCAAUUGGUGAGGAAACGAAAGGAACUGGUGACGAUGUUGCAGUCAACUCUGAUGAAAUAAUUUCCAUAACGGAGCAUUUGGAAAAACUCUUCGCAAUAGCUAUUGCGAAGGCAUAUCCACAAUACAGUGAUACCGCCGCUGUUGUUGCACCUGUGGGCAAUGCAUCUGCAAAAUUCGGAGACUACCAGUGUAAUAAUGCCAUGGGCCUGGCAAAGAAGUUUAAAGAGGCCGGCAUUAACAAACCGCCACGUGAGAUUGCCACUGAGAUACAAAAACACUGUCCAUCAUCUCCACUCAUUGACAAACUUGAGGUGGCCGGUGCUGGCUUUGUAAAUGUUUUCCUUAACAAAGAUUAUGCUGUUGGUGCUUUGAGUAAUCUGUUGCGGAAAGGCGUCAAACCACCAAGGGUGCCUAAGAAACGGAUCCUAAUUGACUUCUCCUCCCCAAAUAUUGCCAAGCAGAUGCACGUUGGCCAUUUAAGAUCGACUAUAAUUGGCGAAUCCAUUAGUAGACUGUUGGAAUUUUUAGAGCACGAUGUGCUUCGUAUUAACCAUUUGGGUGAUUGGGGCACGCAGUUUGGCAUGUUGAUUGCCCAUUUAGAAGACUGUUUUCCGAACUUUCUCAACGAGAGCCCUCCAAUCGGAGACCUACAGGCCUUCUACAAAGAGUCCAAGAAACGCUUCGAUGAAGACGAGGAGUUUAAAAAGCGCGCCUACAACCGUGUUGUCACCUUGCAAAGCGGCGAACCCAACUCAAUCAAGGCUUGGCAACAAAUUUGUGAUGUCUCACGCAUAGAAUUCCAAUCGAUCUACGAUCGUUUGGAUGUAAAAAUCACUGAACGUGGCGAAUCGUUCUAUCAGUCGCGUAUGUUAUCGGUGGUGGAAUUUCUACGCAAUAACAACUUACUAGAACUGGACGAGGGUCGCGAAAUUAUGUGGCCAGACGAUACUAAAACAGGCAUACCGCUUACUAUUGUAAAGUCUGAUGGAGGAUUUACGUAUGACACCUCCGAUAUGGCAGCCAUUCGUCACCGCAUUGAAGAAGAAAAGGUUGACUGGAUUAUAUAUGUUGUAGAUUCUGGCCAGAGUACGCAUUUUAAAGCAAUAUUUAAAGCUGCGAAACGUAGUGGUAUUCUGGAUCCGGAUUCUCAUCGUGUUGAUCACGUUAAUUUCGGAUUGGUUCUUGGUGAAGAUGGUAAGAAGUUUAAAACUCGCUCUGGCGAUACCGUAAAACUCUCCGAUUUGCUUGAUGAGGGCCUAAAACGCUCAAUGGACCAGUUGCGCGAACGAGGCCGCGACCAAGUUCUAUCACCAGAGGAACUGCGUGCUGCCCAGGAAUCGGUAGCAUAUGGAUGCAUCAAAUACACGGACUUGUGCCACAAUCGUAUUAGCGAUUAUGUUUUCUCGUUUGACAAAAUGCUCGAAGAUCGCGGUAACACUGCGGUCUAUCUUUUAUAUGCAUAUACCCGCAUUUGUUCGAUUGCCCGAAACUCUGGCGCGGACUUCAGUGAUUUAAACAAAGUGCUGGACACAUUUAAUAUUACCCUGGAACACGAGAAGGAGUGGAAAUUGGCGAAAACUCUGCUUAAGUUAAACGACAUACUCAUAAAAUGCGCAAAGGACCUGCUUUUGCAUUUCCUGUGUGAGUUCUGCUAUGAGGUCUGCACAGUUUUCACCGAAUUCUACGACAACUGCUACUGCAUCGAAAAGGACAAGUCCGGCAAAAUCCUCAAAGUUAAUCACAGCCGAAUUCUGAUGUGUGAAGCAACAGCUGCCGUAUUGAGGCAGUGCUUCGCCAUAUUGGGCCUUAAACCUGUUAACAAAAUCUGAAUACCCAACACCUCACCAUUCUCUACUCUAAUUUGGUUAAUACAAAUCAGUAUACAACAAACCUAUCAAAAAUAAUUGAUCCUACACUUAUGUAUAUACGAAUAUUUAUGUGAGCCGAGAAAACCUUUUUUCUUUUUUGAUUUUAUUAAAACUUUUCAAAAAGUAACGAAAA